CACAAACAAAUCAACAGGCAGUUAGUUCAGCUCGUCGCGCCUAAAGGACGCCUAUAUAAACGCGCAACGCUAACGUCUUGGAUCAUUUUAAAGAAGAGAGCUGAAGAUAAUUUUUUUAAUAUGUCUGGAAGAGGAAAGACUGGUGGUAAGACACGUGCCAAGGCUAAGACUCGGUCUUCCCGAGCUGGUUUACAGUUCCCAGUUGGCCGUGUUCACAGGCUCUUGAGGAAAGGCAAUUAUGCCCAACGUGUUGGCGCUGGUGCUCCUGUUUACUUGGCUGCCGUGCUCGAGUACCUGACCGCUGAAAUUCUCGAGUUGGCCGGAAAUGCUGCCCGCGACAACAAGAAAACCAGAAUCAUUCCUCGCCACUUGCAAUUAGCAGUGCGUAAUGAUGAAGAGCUCAAUAAGUUGCUGGGUGGUGUGACCAUCGCACAGGGUGGUGUGCUGCCUAACAUUCAGGCUGUGCUUCUGCCGAAGAAGGCCGAGAAACCAGCUAAGAACAAGUAAGCUACGGCGAUACGUUCAUUAACACCAACGGCUCUUUUCAGAGCCACCAA